AUCACGCCCCCUCCCACCCUGGCAACCCCGCAGGAUGCGUUAGGUGUGCGCUAAUAUGUAUGAAGCAGGGUUACACAUUUUCAUUUUCCCAUUUGAAAUGUGAUAAUUUCUCUCGGUUGUAUUGUAUAUAAUUUUUUCGCACAAAAACGGUUUCUUUUGGGUCACUUAGGCCUAUGCUUCCUCCGAAACGUAAACUACAGUUCACUUUCGCUGCGGUAUGCAAGAGGAACCCAACUUAAUUGGUAUCUGAUUUAUAAAAAGUGCAAAUUUCUUGGUAGAACAUUACAUAAAUCCUUUGUAAAAAUAUUAAAUGUGAAUAACUUUGCUAUUACCAAUAUUCAUACUUUUAUUAUCGGUUUUUGUGAAUGUACCACUUUUUACUUGAGCACGUGGUUUCUGUUUUGAAUGUUGCAUUGUGGGUAUGAUAUGGCGACAACAUCGCCUUCCAGAACAGAUUAACCCUGAUCGUAAGUUUCCCAGCCUCGAUGCUCGUGAGUUUGUAAAUAUCCGUAAUGUAUCGCUCAAAAAAUCAAUGGAGGAGGUCAAGGGACGGCAGUAGUGACGAUGACAACCUGCCAAAAUCUAAAUAUGACAAUCAGACAUCAGAACAACGCGAAGAAGAGUUGAAGAAAGUUCAUUCGGGUCUGGUACAGCGCCGACUUUUCGACACAGAAAAAUGCGAAGAAAUUGAAAAAAAGAUUGAGGAAGUGAAAAUGGCCGCAGAGAAAGGGGUCUACAAGUUGCAUACAGUCGAUAGGUCUCCGCUGAGAAACAAAUACUUCUUCGGUGAAGGUUACACGUAUGGUUCGCAGCUUGAAAAGAAAGGCCCGGGAAUGGAGAGAUUGUAUCCCAAAGGACCCGAAGGUGUGGACGACAUUCCGCAGUGGGUUUAUGAUUUAGUGGUCAAGCCCAUAGAGGAGGCCAAGCUGAUCCCUAAAGGAUGGGUGAACAGUGCUGUGAUCAAUGACUAUCUCCCUGGAGGCUGUAUUGUCUCCCACAUUGAUCCCCCUCAUAUCUUUGACCGCCCCAUCGUCACGGUGUCCUUCUUCAGUGACUGUGCGCUCAGCUUUGGUUGCAAGUUUCAGUUCAAACCCAUCCGUGUGUCGAAGCCAGUGCUGGUAUUGCCUGUCAACAGGGGAUGUGUUACAUUGAUGAGUGGGUAUGCAGCAGAUGAUAUAACACACUGUAUCAGACCUCAAGAUGUGAAGAAAAGACGAGCUGUAGUCAUUUUGAGAAGAGUGUUUGAAGAUGCCCCAAGAAUUGCCCCAACAGUCCCCCCUCUCCCGGCUCUGAUAGCAAGGUACAAGGCACAGCAGAACGGUGGUAAACGUUCUCACAGCAGCAGCAGUAGCAGCAGCAGUGACGACAGCAAUGCCAGUGACAGCGCGAGUCCAUCACCUAAGAAGCAAAAGAACCACAACCAUCAUCACCAUCACCACAAGCAUAAACGCCACAAGCGGAGCAAGUCUGGUCACAGGCAUCAUCGCAGGUCCAGUGAGCACUCAUCCUCUUCAACCCGCCAUGUUAGAAGGCAUAAAGCAAGUGAUGACUCCGACGCUUCAGAUCACAGAAGUCACAGGUCACAUGGCAGUAAUGGAAGAAAACACAACAGUAAGAAGGAGGUGAGGAUGAAGAGGGUGUCCUGAUUACCUGUAAUUUUAUUUUCCUCAACUUUUUUGUUAAAUGUCAAAAUGAAUGAUGAAUGAAGCCAUCACUUUCUUGAUUAGAUGACUGAAUUUGGCAUUUAAAAAAUAAAGAACACUUGUGUAUUUACAGUUGGUGCUUCAGUUGUAAAUGUCCAAAAUCCAUUAACCAAGAAAGAACCAACCUGCAAUGUUUGUAGAAUUUAUUUUAUGCCUUGGCAUGACCAAAAACUUUAAACAUGGUGAAUGCACUUAGCAUAUUAUUAUAUAGAUUUAGCUUUACAUAGUAUGUGUUCUAUCCUUUUGUUACAGAAAUCUUAUUUUAUCUUAAAAGGUAUAUAUUUCAGUUUGCACACCAGUUGUCAAAAUGUAGAUUGAUUUGAUGUUCUGUUUUGCUAUUUAAAAUGUACAAGUCAUUCUGGUGUAUAUGUAAAGAAAAAGAACCAUAUGUGUUGUGAGACAAAAUGAAAAUUUGAGAAAAGAAAAAAAUGGCUGAAUCCAGACACCAUAAGUUUCAGAGUUCAUAGGAAACUCUCCUUUAAGUAGCACAACAGGUGACAUAUCUAGCAGAAUCUAUCAAAAUGAUUGUUAAGAUGUAACUUGUAACUUGUAAAAAGUGAAAGUUUACACACUCAAAAGAAAAGUUAUUUGAACAAGAUAAACUAGGAUGAACUAAGAUAUAUAUAAAUAGGAGUUGUUUAUUGAGUUGUUUCAGAUUUAUAUUGGAAGAAGCUGUGUUAUUCUGCUUGACAAUCUUCUAUACCUAGUAGGAUUUAUUUUUCAAAAAUACACAAUACUGUUGUAAGUGACAUAAAACAUAGAUAUACCACAAGACAUUACAGUUUUUGAUUUUUGAUUUUUGUUGUUAGACUUUGAUUGUAUGUAAAUACAUAAAAUUGUCUUUGGAUGGUUAAAACUUAUCCUGCUCUUUGUAUUGUUUUCUUGCGUAAACUACUCACAUUGUAAGAGGUUUUAAAUGGAUGAUGUUAAUGAUUCAGUGUACAAAUUAUAACUUGAAUAAAGGUUCAAUGAUAAUUUUGAA